AUGGUGCUAAAGGCAUUCAAGAUCCCAUUCGUAUUUCAUGACCUUGCGUCGGACGAGGACGCCAAACGCCGCUGGCGGCGCAAGGCGCUCGAUGCACAGCUCCCUGGACUUCUUGUGCACAACGAAUGGCGUGGCACCUUUGAAGAAUUUGACAAUGCUGUUGAGCACGGGGAGUUGGUCCCGUUUCUGAAAAUGCGGCCCGAAGCGACCUCGGCGAAAGCCGCCGCUGCCGCGGCGCUACCAGCGUCGGCUCCGCACGAAGGCGGUGCAAAGCUUCCGCCUGCACCGACUUUGUUGGCAACGCCUGCUGGACCGGGCCAACGUACGCUUGCGGACGAAGAGGAUAUGCUUGCAUCGAUAUUACCGCAGGGGACGAAAUUGAGCGACAACGAUGUAGACACAUUGCUUCGAGAUCUUAGCAAGCCUUUGGAUCGCGCGCCGCGCAAAGACUCUUUGCCGACAGUGCCCGCAGCGGAGCCCAAGGUACAACCCGCACGCCAGGCUACGACGCAUCCCCACUACGAUCCGCAGGCGUACAGCUCGCGCAAUCUUGCAGCGGAAGCUGCGCGCACGAUUGGAGCAGAACCGGGAUCCAAGACGACUGCUCCGAGGAUGACGCUCAAAAGUAUGCCAUUGAAGCAGAUAUUGGAAGAGCGCCGAGCGCGGCAGGCCAAGACAGAGUCCACACGCAAGAACGACGAACUGUUCCGCAGCUUGGGGCUAGAGGAUGUACAUAUUUCCGAUGAUCAGGCAGAUGCGCUACUGGAGCGCGGGACAGUGCCCGUAUUAUCAAGCCAUGCUGCGUCGAAGCGUGUGGAUGCGAAAGAGCCAGUGGAACCGGUAGUACACAACGACAUGGCGAUAGACAAGGCGACUGCGGAGCAUGGCCAGAUGGAUACAAGCGAUCUAUCGGUUGCAGAAGCUAUCCCAAUAAAGAUGGACGCAGUGGAUGCUGCAAGCGUGGCAAGAGAGGGUGCCAAGGAAUUGGGUGACGCAGUGGUUAUGCCCAAAGAUGAUGGUGCGGGUAUUUUUGAAAAGGUGCAAACUGCGCCGACCGAUGCUGUACCGACGCCAAACAUACCGCUCUCAAAGCAUUUGGCAACGCGCAAUGAAAAGGCGUUGCCAGAUGCGCCCGCCGCCAUCUUGACAAUGCCCAACGUAAGGAGAACCUCUGGUGCAGCAAAGACAAUCUUGACAUUGACCAAGAAAAAGGCAUUUCUAGCUGCGCCACCACCUAUUUCUGCACUGUCCAAGGAGGAUGCUGCAUUGGACGUGGAAAAGAACAAACAGCAAAGCUCUUCUACGCCUACGCCUGGGACCAUUGCUCGUGGCGGCAACGUGGAUGACAGUGCUAUGGCGCAUCCCUCCGACGUUGGCAACAUGGACGAUAAGCAAGUGCCACAACCUGCCUUGCCAGAGGCACCGGGCAUGCCAAAGGAUUUCGGCUUGGAGGAUGAUCGCUCAAGUAGUACGACCAGCCAGCCCGGUGCUUGCCUUGCAUUGAACGAGCUGCACAAUUCAAACCGCGACGCAGCCGUGCCAAACGUAUCGCAAAGUAUGGCCAAGGAGACUGCUUGCGACAGGGCAGUAUCACGCCUAGCGCCGCUUUUGGAACAAGAGAGAGUAGCGGCUCCCAUGGCCCUUGGGAGCCGCGGAAGCACUCAGCAAAGCAAUGAUCUAGCGACGCCUACGUCCAACACACCAGAAGAGCAUUUGCACAAGAGCGCAGUUGCCCUUGCAAAAGAUGCACUGCAAGAAGCAGUCAAGAGUGCGUCGGACCAAUCAAGUGCAGAAAAGGGCGCAGGGGAAAACGAGAAGGCGGCUAAGAGCAGUGUGGCCGUUGCAUCCCGGCCGGCUACAACGAGCGAUGCAAGCGAGACCUUGACUCUCUCCAGUGUAUCGCAAAAAUUCGCACCAACCUCGAGCGCUAGCGGCAUCGAUGCAGCGAUGGGCACAAGCCAGCCUGUUGAAAAUGCAGAAACGAUGGAAGGCGUGUUUGACCAUGCCGAUACGUACGCUGUCCAGGACGCGCAAGCAGCGGUGCCAUCGCCAAACGUACCCGCACAGGCUUUUUGCGCACGAGACACGCCUGUGCUGGACACUGCCAUGCACUCGAGCGAGCCCUCCGCUCACGCGUCGAAAUCAUCUGCAGACAGCAACAGCUUGCCUGCUCAACGCACAGCAACGCAGCCAUGUAAUGCACCCGAACUCGCAAAGAACGUCGCGCCUGUACAUAACGACAGCCCAUGCAUUACAGACGGCGCUGCAGUGGCCGAGAAAGAUGGCAUCGCGCAAACGAAUGCGAGACUGCUACAACAGGCGCGCGCUGCAGCGUUUACCGAGCAGCCUACACAGACAUUCGACAACGUACAAAGCGUUGGUUUUGCACAGCAAGACGUAGUGCCAAGCACCGCCAUUGUUCCCAACGAGCCGAGCAAAUUGCCGGCAAACGCCGAGCCUGUGACGGGCAGUGGCAAGUCGGAAACUGCGCGUGGAGAAGGAGAAUCUGUACCUGCUCAUGCGUCCACGGCGCCAGCGUCCGACGCUGCAAGCGACGCCAAAGCCGCGAAGGCUAAAGCAGAAGCAGCCGUCAUUGCCGCACUUGCAAAGCACGCGUCUGGUACCAAGGAGGCGCAGAAAAGUGCAAAGGCGAGCUCGCCAAGCGUCGAGCCACGACCUGACACGUCCGCCAGAGCUACGACUACGGAAAAGGAUGUUUCUGUCAGCAUGGGCGAUGCAGAUGCAGAGCCCAGCUUGUCGCAUGACAAGCGUACGGCGGAGCAUUUGCAGCAAGAUACUGCGCAGAAUGCACACCGUACCACCCACAUCACCACUCCCGCACUUCUCGCAAAUAGGCUUGUCUCGUCCAGCCCAGGACGACCGAGCGCGUCGUCCAAUGCGAGUACACCGUUCAUGCCUACACGCUCGGCAGCAUCGCCCAUUAUCCACACCCAAUCCUCUGCACGACAGAAAUCCACAUAUUCUGUGGGCACCGGACCACUCGCCGGGCACGGCGAAGAGUCGAGCGAGGACGAAGCGCCAGAAGACAGCGUGCCGGACCUGUGGGUCUUCAAGACCAAGACCAACGCGAAGCGCACCUCGUUCGGCAACGUAUCACAAUGGGAAUCGGACCACCCCAGCGAGACGUCGGGGUCCGUCGACGAGCAAAAGAUGGAUGCUCACGAUACAGGGGCGCUGCAGAAAGAUGACUCUGCGCCAGCGAAUGCUCCGCACAGAGCCACAACGCCGACGCCACCAGACACAGCGUCCAUGCUGCCAAAGAGUCCGGCGUCACAGCGGCAUGACAGCCAGACAAUGCCCAAGAGCUUGCGCAACUCCAAGCCGCGCACGCCGCAGCGAUCCGAUGUCUUUCGCACGGUCCCUGCGUCCCUUUUGGAUGAAAUGGAAGUGCUUUCUUUGAGCCACGAUGCGCGCCUGACGCCAGAGCGUGUGCCUGUGACGCCAGAGCGUGUGCAGCAGCAGCGCAGCAAGGAGGCGCACGGCGCAAACGACGACUGGCUGGUUGGUAAUGCAGAGAAGCACGCCGUCGUUCUUGAGAAUGUGUUCCCCCAAGCCAUUCCGCACAUGCAGAAAAGUCCGCGCCCGGCACUCCACCAAGUGUUACACACGCCUUUCUCUACCAAUGCACUGCACGACGGGCUGGAGACGAGCGGGGUGGCGCUGGAUGCUGGGCAUGAGUCUCAAGCGAUUCCGGUGCAGAGCGCCAAAGGCAGUCUAGACACACACCGCGCCGAGGACGAUGGCGCAAGCGCUGUUUGUACGCCGCCAAAGCUGCAGUCGCGGCCGCGGAAACCAUCCGGACCGCGCUUGGCCACGCCGGAAUCGAAUACGGCGGCGCAAUCGGCAGAGACGACGGAAGCGCCGAGCCCGCUGAAGGGCGGUGCCGAGAGCGAGACGGUGUCGGGGAUGAAACUAGAUCAGGCGCCGGCCAAACGCACCCAUAAGAAGUCACUGAGCCAAGUCAUGCAAGAAGCCGAUGCAUUCUUGCAAGAGUGGUCUACAUAG